CUUUUUCUUUUUAUACUAUGGAAACUUCAAGCACAAGUCAAGAAGCUACUCAUUCACCUACUCGUACAGUCAGAACAAAUUGGUUGCGCUAUUCAUGGAGUCAAAUUUCAAGUUCAAGUAAAAUUUUGCUUAUUGCUUCAUUUAUAGUAGCCAUGAUUCAGAUAGCAGCCACAAUCACAGUCUUAGUGAUUGGAGCAGGACAAGCAUUAACAUGCGAUAAACCAUUUCAGUUGUAUUUAAUUAUAUUUGUCGUUCGAGUUGGUUUAUCUCUUCCAUUGUCCAUUUAUCAAUUGUUGUUUACAUCAAGAAGAACAACAGCAGCAGCAGAAAAUGAAGCAUCAUCCAGCCAUUUAAUCAGUGGUUGGGCAGACAAAGCAAAAUCAUUGUUGGAUUUAUUUGCCAUUCUUUGGUUUAUCGUUGGUAAUUAUUUACUGUUCUCUCCUUCUGAUUGUUUGGGGCAUGCAGCAUUGUACUACUAUACUAUUCUGGCUUGGAUCCUGUUUGGAUACAUGAUAGUCCUUGUACCACUCUUGGCUUGUGCUUCUAUUAUCUUUUGUUUGCCUUGUGUGUUGGUUGCAUUAAGAGCAUUCAAUAUCAAUAUUUCAAAUGUGAUGGUAGGUGGUUCCAAAGAAGAAAUUGCCAAUAUACCUGUCUUCAAAUACAAGAAACCUGAACAAGAAGAUAUACAAGACAACACAAACAAGUCUAUCAUGAGCACCGCACAAAUCAAAAAGCCUCAUUGGAUACGUCGAUUUAUGCAACGCCAUCAAAAGAACAAACAAGAAGAGGAACAAGUGUAUGAGACAAUGACUUUAUCACGACCUGAAGAUGCUGUCUGUUCUAUCUGUUUAUGUGAAUAUGAAGAUGAAGAUCUGAUUUGUAAAUUAUGGUAUGUGUCCUUAUGUGUUUAUGGUGAUACUUAAGUUGGUUUAGGUGUGAACAUCAUUACCAUAAAGACUGUGUUCAUGAAUGGUUGGGGCUCAAUUCAAAAUGUCCAUUAUGUAAAAGAGAUUUUCGAGGAAAAGAUCAUUCAGAAGAUGAAGAUGAAGAAAACCAUGACUAGUUAAAUAUACCUUGUUUUUAUUUUAAAUGUACAUACACACAAUUCCAAAAAAAAAGAGUGUCUUUCUAUUCUCUCCUCUCUCUCUCUCUCUCUCUCUCUCUCAUUCAUUCAUUCAUUCUUUCUUUCUUUCUUUGUUCCUUUCUAGUCUGAAG